AUGAGCCCGGCCCUUCCGGCUUUCCGUACCCCACCAGGUCCGGGGAGGAAAGGACGCUCGCCCUCUCUGCGGCGAACAGUGAUGAUGUCAUCGAAGGCCCGCCAGUCCAGCCACUACCCACCUCCGAGCGGUACCGGAGCGAGAGGUGAGGGGUCGGCUCGCGGAUCCAGCUGCAGAGCGACGCGGGGAAUUGGAAUGGUGCUUAGGAUCUUAUGGAGGCCAUUUGGAUUCUCAAGAAGACUUGUGAAACUGGGAAGCCAUAGCAUAACUGAAUCAAAAUCAUUAAUUCCACUAGCUUGGACAUCCCUGACACAGACGCUUUCAGAAGCACCUGGUAUUCUCUUAUUGGGUCAAAGAAAAAUAUUCUCAACCAUGCCAGAAAUAGAAACACAUGAGAGAGACUCUGAAUUGUUUUCACCACCCUCUGAUGUCCGAGGCAUGACAAAACUUGAUAGAACAGCUUUUAAAAAGACAGUCAGCAUUCCAGUGCUUAAAGUGAGGAAAGAAGUAGUCAGUAAAUUGAUGCGAUCCCUUAAAAGGGCAGCAUUGCAGCGCCCAGGUGUAAAACGUGUAAUUGAAGAUCCAGAAGAUAAAGAAAGUAGACUAAUCAUGUUGGAUCCCUAUAAAAUGUUUACUCAUGAUUCCUUUGAGGAAGCAGAACUCAGUGUUUUAGAGCAAUUAAAUGUCAGUCCACAGAUCUCUGAAUAUAAUUUGGAACUAACAUAUGAAAACUUUAAGUCAGAAGAGAUCUUGAGAGCUGUGCUUCCUGAAGGUCAAGAUGUAACUUCAGGGUUUAGCAGAGUUGGACAUAUUGCACACCUGAACCUUCGAGAUCAUCAGCUACCUUUCAAACAUUUAAUUGGCCAGGUUAUGAUUGACAAAAAUCCAGGAAUCACCUCAGCAGUAAAUAAAAUAAAUAAUAUUGACAAUACAUACCGAAAUUUCCAAAUGGAAGUGCUAUCUGGAGAACAGAACAUGAUGACAAAGGUUCGAGAAAACAACUACACCUAUGAGUUUGAUUUUUCAAAAGUCUAUUGGAAUCCUCGUCUCUCUACAGAACACAGCCGUAUCACAGAACUUCUCAAGCCUGGGGAUGUCCUAUUUGAUGUUUUUGCUGGGGUUGGGCCCUUUGCCAUUCCAGUAGCAAAGAAAAACUGCACUGUAUUUGCCAAUGAUCUCAAUCCUGAAUCCCAUAAGUGGCUAUUGCACAAUUGUAAAUUAAAUAAAGUGGACCAAAAUGUGAAAGUCUUCAACUUGGAUGGGAAGGACUUCCUCCAAGGACCCAUCAAAGAAGAGUUAAUGCAGCUGUUGAGUCUGUCAAAAGAAAGAAAACCCUCUGUGCACAUUGUCAUGAAUUUGCCAGCAAAAGCUAUAGAGUUUCUUAGUGCUUUCAAAUCACUUUUAGAUGAGCAGCCAUGCAGCAGUGAACUACUUCCCAUAGUGCACUGUUACAGCUUUUCCAAAGAUGCUAACCCUACUGAAGACGUUCGUCAAAGAGCUGGAGCUGUGUUAGGCAUUUCACUGGAGGCAUGCAGUUCAGUUCACCUGGUAAGAAAUGUGGCCCCAAACAAGGAAAUGCUGUGCAUCACCUUUCAGAUUCCUGCUGCUGUACUCUACAAGAACCAGACCAGAAAUCCAGUGUAGGAGCAGUCUGAAGAAGAGGCGAGAACGACCCCAUCCAACCAAAGCCCGUGUGCCACUGCAUCCAGCACCCAGCGCCUACGUCCCACCACUGCCAUCGCCACCGCCACCAUGUCCAAGAGAAAGGCUGAAGGGGAUACUCAAGGAGAAUAAGCCAAGGUGAAGGACAAACCACAGAGAAGAUCUGCGAGGCUGUCUGCUAAACCUGCCUCCAAAGCUAGAGCCCAGGCCUAAAAAGGCCCCGGCAAAGAAGGGAGAAAAGGUACCCACAGGGAAAAAGGGAAAAGCUGACACUGGCAAGGAGAGGAAUAACUGCAGAGAAAUGGAUACCAAAACAGGCCAGGCACAGAAAACUGAAGGUGCUGGAUAUGCCAAGUGAAGUGUGUGCAUUUUUUAUAACUGUAUACUGGUGACUGUACAGUUUAAAAUACUAUUUUUUAAGUCAGUUUUAUAAUUUUGCUUUCCUUUUUUUUGUUGUUAAGCUAUGUUGUUAGCACACAGAACAAUUCAUUGUUGUUUUUUGGGGGAAGGGACAUAUGUCACUAAUAGAAUGCCUCCAAAGCUGGAUUGAUGUGGGGAAAACACCUUUCCCUUCUAGUUUUGAGAGACUUCCUCUUGGCUCUUAGGAGGAGGGAUUCCCUUUGACACACAUGACCACCUUGGCACAGAAGCCUUGUGGUAUGGAAAAAGAAAUUCAUUUUUAUGUCCUCUCCUCAUUUUCCAUCUUUCAGCACAGACUUAACUCCCUUAAGCCCAGACAUCUGUUGGGACCUGACCCCCAGUCAUUGGUUACCAGUGUCAGGCAAUCUGGACUUUCCCAGUGAUGCCACUGAGAUGGCACCUGUCAAAAGAGAAGUGGUUCCAUUUCUAGAUUGUGGCUCUUCAGAUAACUUUGACUUCCUGAAAGGGCCAGCUUGUGAAAAGUUAUUAAACAACAUUCUAAAUGUGAAAUGUCAACCCUUGCUCUAAACUAUCCCUGUUCAGAGCAUCAGAUGAAGAUUUCAUUGGGUUUUAUAGUGGCUUUCUGCUUUUUGGUAGUCCAUUGAAGAAAGUUAUUGGUAGUCCAUUGAAAGUUAUAUACUGUUAAUGAUUGUCUGCCCUGUCCUGCCUGAAAUACCAUGAUUGUUUAUGGAAAGUAUCUUUAAUAAAGCUGGUACAGUUUGAAAAAAAAAAAGUGGGGCAAUUUGCUUUACCUUGUUCUGUAAGUAAUAUCCUCGAUUUUGCUUGUUACCAUUGCAAAGUCUAAAAUAUUUACUAUGUGGCCCUACAGAAAAUGUUUACGAACCCUAAUCUAGAUAAGUAAUUACAAAUUCAAAUGCCUUCAGAAGUCUGGCAGGUCAUGUAAACAAAUGAAGGCAAUAAAUGGUAAGGAGUAUAGGGAUGUAAUAAACUUGAGUCCUCAUUCCUUAAAGGAAUUACAUUCAAAUUGUUUUGAAAUUCAGUCCAAGUAUAGCACAUUGAUGUCCUAGGUUAUAAAGUAUGUGUGCAAAUGAUAUUCUGAUUCAUAUAUGUAAAGUGAUAAGAGUCUUGUCUCCCUUUAGUUACUCUGGACAAAAUAUGCAAUAUGUAAUUGCAAAGGAAACAGAAUCCCUAAAUGUAUCAAUUAACAUUUUAACUUCCCCCUUUUCCUUCGGAGUGGAUAAGUGAAUAUGUGAUUAUCCUUUAUUUAAAUCUAGGUCCACCCUAAACUUUCAGAUACGAUACCUAGUAAAUGAGUUCCUGAUGAAUCUACUAGAAAAUGACAGCUAGAAAGCUAGAAAGCUCAUUAGAUACAAUUUUUAAUUUUGUUAACUUUUUAACAAGUUUUCUGCCACCUUAAUUGGAUUUUAAAAUAAUUACCUGACAACCUGUUGACCGCCUAAAGACAGCUUCUAAGAGAAGUGUAGGUGAAAUAUUCAUUGAAUCAAAUUAAGGAAUACUAAGUAAUCGUGCAUACUAACUAUGAUGUAAAUGCAUUCUGUACCAUUAAUAUCUGCUUAAAAGGAAGUACAGUUAGUAAAAUCAUUUUCUACAUCAUGAAUUUGUCAGAACUUCUCUUAGGACAUCAAUGAGUUCAUUUAGUUGAUGUCAUUUAUAUCCCAUAAAAGAUCUAGAUACUUGAUCUGUAGAACUUCCUGGAAGUCUUAUGAAGUUCAACUACACAGGACUAGUUUUAGCACAGCUGUUGUUUGACAGUCAUCUCUAGAGCAUGGAUUCUGGAGUCUGGCUGCCUCAGUUCAAAUCUUAGCUCUGCUAUUUUUUAGUUAUAUGACUGUUGGCAACUUACCUAACCUCUGUCUCAGCUUCCCCAUCUGUUAAAAUGGGGAAAAUAGUAGAACUGUUCUGAGGAUUAGGUAAUAAAGAAAGCAUGAAGCACAGUGCCUGGGACACAGGUAAUAUAGUAGUUAUUAACUGUUACUUCUGUACUCAUAAAAUACUUGAAGACUUAAUUCAUGUGGAUGAAAGCCAUGUACAGCCUUUGUCUCUGAGAGUAAAUCACUCGGAGGGUAGGGGAUAAGCACCUCAAUUUAGAAUAUUUCUGUUGCUUAGUAAAUUCAGUGAAUUCACUAAACCUCAGUGAAUUGUCACUAGGUUAUUUUUCACCAUUCCCUUUGAUCAGAUAAGGUCAGUUCACUUCUAAAUUUGGCCUACUGAAAAAAGUACAGCAAUACCAAGUGCAAAAUAUUUACAAAUGUAUAAAGGUUUUGGAAUUUAUUUGCCAAACCAGGUGUAUGCAAUUUCCACAAUAAGGCAGGCUCAAAACAAGUCUUAAAACCCUUGAUAUGUUUUAUUCAUUCAUUCAUUCCUUUUAAAUACAUUUAUAAAAGGUAUGAGAACAAGCAGUAGUGUUUCUUUUCAAAAGAUUGGAUUCCUUAUUUUUGCAGUUGGCUGCUGCAAAGCUUUAACUGUACAUUCAAUGUUCUAACUAUUCUUUGAACAGAUUUACAGACUGUACUUAAAAACACUAAUCCUCAAGUUGGGGAAUACCUAAUAGAUAAAGGAAUAGGAUAUGCAGUCUGGUAGAGUGUAGAUGGAACUGGACUUCAAUUUAAAAAAAACAAAAACAAAAAAACCCUGUAUUCUAAUUCUGGCUUUUUACUAACUUGUGGAUAUGAUCUUUGUCUACUCUAUUAUUUGAUGCCUUGGUUUUCUCAUUUAUCAAAGAUAGUAGAAGUACAAUAAAGAUGAAGAUGUAUUCCUAAAAUUAAUUAAUACCUGCUUAGUAAAAUAAGAGGGAGUUGUUACAUAUGGAUAGUCCAUGCUAAUGAAACCACAAGUUCUGUUUCACAUAAGUUUCUAUCUAUAAAACUAACAUCUGUUGUAAUAGAGAUUUGAUAGGAAAUCCCUUAAUUUCCUUAAGAAACUAUAUCCCAUAUCCAAUGGUCUAUGUAACAAACUCAUACAAGGUUAAGAUGCUGCAAAUAUCAUCCUUUUCAAAUCUAAACUCUUUAAGCAAAACUCUGGUAAUAAAAUCCUUUGAAGUUUCAACAAAAAACUGUAUCAGUAUACAAUUUAUACAUAGGGAAAUUCUACUGAAAAUGUACCUUCUCCAGUCUCCAAGGAUUCAUCAUAAAGCGAGCUUACAUUGGAGGUGAAAGGUGUCAUUUAAGUAUUAAAUUUUAUUAACUUACUUCUUUGAAUGUGUCAUUAAAGCAGGUUAAUACUGGGCUCUGUUUUAGCCUGAGUGUGGCUCACAGCUGGGAACUAUAAUACCUUGAUCAAAGUUUGCCUCAUUUUCCACUGCUUAAAACAGGCAUUGAGUCCUUAGCAUUGAGGGAAUGCCAUUAUCAUGGGUCAGGUUUUUCUUGCCAUAACUUGGUCAAAGGAAAUAUAUCCA